UUAUUUUCAAUAAUAAAAUGGCGAUUUUAAAUUAUUGUAUAUUUUUAUUAUUAUCAUUAUUACUAAGUUUAAUACAUGGUUUUGAUAUAAACUUUACAAAACUAAACUCAACUAUCAUAGAGGAAAGCUCAUGGAUACAAACUGUUGAAAAAUAUAUUACUGAUGAAGAGCACCGGCUAUCACAGUUAAAGUCAACGAUUGUUGGACUAAAACAAUACAAUCAAUUGGCAGUCAAUGAUACCGAUACCUAUCUAUCACAUCCGAUAAACAUAUAUCUGCUAAUCAAACGACUGGCCACUGAAUGGCCACAAGUAGACAAACUAUUGGAUCAGCCGACACACAAUAAGCUCCGGUUACGAGUGAAUCCAAUUGAAAACAAUGAUUUCACUGAAGCGGCCAUAGGUUUACAACAUUUGGUAAACACUUACAAUCUGGACAUACCGGCGCUGGUAAACGGUUCGGUAAAGUUCUGGUCAGAAUCGGAUGGCCGUGAGAUAAUAAUCCAGCCGUCAGAUGACACACACCGGCUAACGGCUGCCGACUGUUAUCUGAUUGGAAAACAAACACUUAUUGAGGAUUACUAUGAAAGUGCUAUUCAAUGGUUCAAUGAGACCAUUAAACGGUCAAAUAAUGACACAACCGAUAUGUUGUUUCAAUCAAAUGUAUCUAAACAUAUGGCACUGGCCUACUAUAGACUGGGAGAUCAUAAUCAAAGUGUUCAUUAUAUGAAUAUAUCCAACAAUUUAUUAUUAGUCGACGACUACCAGAGCGAUACAGAGUUUAUGUUUAGACAACUAUUUGUUGAUUUUAUGAUACAAAAUAAGAACAAUAAAACUAUAGUCAAAACAUCCGAUAAAUAUGAUGAAAAUGUUACAAAAUUUUAUAAUAUUUCACAACAAUUGUGUCGCGGAGUGAAACGUUUGAAUCGGUCAGUGGAGUCCAGAUUGAAAUGUCGUUAUUUGGAUACAACUAACCGGCCGUUACUACGGCUAACCCGUGUGAAAGUCGAACAAUUGUUGGACAAACCAGAUAUAGUAGUAUUUCACGACAUAAUCAGUGACCGGGAAAUAGAUUUAAUGAAACAGUUUGCCAGUAGACGAAUGGACAGAUUAAUGACAUAUUAUCAAUCAAAAAGUCGAGUUUCCAGCGGACGGAUAGCUGAUGGCGGUUGGUUAGGGGAUUUGGAUCACGAAGUGUUCGAUCGAAUCAGUCGGCGUAUCGGUGCCAUCACUGGUGUCAGUAUGUUUGCCGCCGAACCUUACAAUGUAAUCAAGUAUGGCGUCGGCGGGUAUUAUACAAAUCAUUACGAUGUAGCAGUUGUUAGGCCGUUCACUGGCGAACAAUACGGUGAACCAUACGAUCGUAUAGCCACAUUGAUUACAUACCUGAGCGAUGUUCAGUCGGGCGGUGCUACUGUUUUCCCCCGAUUGGAUGUACGGGUAGAGCCCAGGAAAGGAUCGGCAGUUUUCUGGUUUAAUCUGAAAAGUUCCGGUUUAGUCGAUUGGGAUACACAGCACUGUGGAUGCCCGGUGCUGGCCGGGCCACCCAAAUGGAUUGCCACCAAAUGGAUACGGUUUCCGUAUCAACAGUUACAUAAGCCAUGUCUAUUAGACAGACAUUUAUUGAAUUAUUUGUAAAUUACCAGAAAAUAAAUUACUAAAUAAAAAUAAUAUUAAAAAACUAAAUAAAAA